AUGGACAAGGUCAUUGAAAAGGUCUCUGGGAAGGAGUGGCAUUACGAGGCUUUGUCUUUGCCCCAGGUCGGUCACAUGCCCGCCUCCGACAUAGCCGAGCCGAUCACUAUAGAACAAUUCCUCCAAGCUGCUUGCCGCAGAUGCGACCAUGUCAAGAGCACAACCCUCCUCUUCGAUGUACAUUUCAAGGUGGCCGAGUUCGGUGGCCUUGCCCGUGUCGGCGAGCUCAUACAACAAGGUGAACUUGAUCAUCUGCCUCUUCCCCUUUGUCUCGGUGGCAAACUUCCUCCAAGUGCGAAGAUGGGUGCCGUGAUUCAGAACCUAGAGGACGGGACAAUGAAUGUGGUGAAGAUUCUUCACUUCCCAGACAAGGUCUGUGUCGCUCAUGUCUCCAAGCUUUGCACUGGAAAUGCCUAUGUUCCUGUCUUCCGGCAAGGACCGUGGGCUGUCAAGAAAGCGGUGCAGCACUUGUUGCAACGCCUUCAUGGAUUCCGCAUCAUGUGGAAUCAGGUGUCAGAGAAACAGCCAAGCAUGCGGAAGACACAGUCGGCACAGUGGGCCCCGGAAGAUGAGGAGCUUCGGAAGGGCAUCGACUUCAUAAAUUCACUGGCACCAGAAGGUGAUGCUUUAAAUGAGCAAACCUUUUGGAUCCUUUCGUCCAUCCGCGAGCAGCCGGGCACUCCAAUAGAGGGUUGGCCAGAGUCCAAGGUUCGGAACAUGGCCCAGAACAAGAGCCGUGGGCUCGCUGGCGCACAGCCACUGUCGCACUACCCUCUGCACACGUACAGCAUGAAAGACUUCAUGUCUACUGUGUUGCUGCCGCUGAUAUAUCCUCUUCUUGUCGUUCAUGGUAUCAUCAUGGUGGGUUGGCCUGGGGUGGGGAAGACCCCGGCCUUGAUAUGCAUGAUUGUGGCUAUUGGCAGGUACCACAUCCGAAAACUUGGUCUGAACACCCAGCCGAGCUGGAGAAGGGCCAAGGCCUUAGACAAUUUCCGACAUCGCAUUCCCCAGCUCUACGAGGGAGUUUUUCUCGACGACCCGAGUCGUGA